GCAGGGGUCCUAGCAAUAACUUGUUCGCCGAGACCUCGCCACCUUCGGGAGCCCAGCUGCGCACCUUGCAAACUCAGCCUUCUGCACCUGCCACUGAGCCCGCGCGAGCCUUGGACAGAGCCAUGGCCAAUGCGGGGCUACAGCUGUUGGGCUUCAUCUUGGCCUCGCUGGGAUGGAUAGGCUCCAUCGUCAGCACUGCCCUUCCCCAGUGGAAGAUUUACUCCUAUGCUGGGGACAACAUCGUGACCGCCCAGGCCAUCUACGAGGGACUGUGGAUGUCCUGCGUUUCGCAAAGCACAGGGCAGAUACAAUGCAAAGUCUUCGACUCCUUGCUGAAUCUGAACAGUACUUUGCAGGCAACUCGUGCCUUGAUGGUGAUUGGCAUCCUCCUGGGGCUGAUUGCAAUCUUUGUAUCCACCAUUGGCAUGAAGUGCAUGAAGUGCUUGGAAGACGAUGAGGUGCAAAAGAUGUGGAUGGCUGUCAUUGGGGGCGGAAUAUUUAUCACUUCUGGUCUGGCGAUUUUAGUGGCCACAGCAUGGUAUGGAAAUAGGAUUGUUCAAGAAUUCUAUGACCCUAUGACCCCUGUCAAUGCCAGGUAUGAAUUUGGCCAGGCCCUCUUCACUGGCUGGGCUGCUGCCUCCCUUUGCCUCCUGGGAGGUGCCCUACUUUCUUGCUCCUGUCCCCGGAAAACAACCUCUUACCCAACACCACGGCCUUAUCCCAAGCCAACACCUUCUAGUGGGAAAGACUACGUGUGACAGAGGUGAAGAGAAUCAACUGAAGCAAAUACAAAACGGACAUUGAAACUAGUAUUGACAUUGAGGCCUUAAACUGUUGACUAUGGUUAUCUGAACUGCAGUAUAACAAAGGAAGCAUAUUUUUAUACAUCCCUGUGGCUAUGAGGGGCUUGGCUGUGCCUUACCAUCUUUCCUGAGUACAGGAAAGAAGCCUUUGCUGUUAAAUUGCUGCUUCCCACUGAGUAAUCCCACUCAAAUGAGGGAAGGGUGCUCCUUAAGUGUGUAUAAAUAUGUAUAUAUACAUAUUUUCUAUUAAAGCAUAGACAGUUAAAAACCUCUUACUCUCCUUAUAUUGGUACCAGCAUACUUAAAAUGACUCAAAAUAUAUACAAUCCCAUAGUGACUAAAUAAGCCUACUGAUGUAUUUUUCCUUUUCUCUAUUAACGUAUAUGAUCAGUCAGAUAUCAUCUCUUUGAUCAACAUUUAGUGUCCUAGCCAUAAGACCAAACUUCCAUAUCAACUCUAACUUUGUCCCUUUUCCCAUGUGUAUUCUUCACAACAACAUAUUUAAGUUUUGUUUUACUCUAACAACAAUUGCUCUUUCAGCCUAUUACUUUGAGGUUUGUUUCUAACUCCCGAAUCUAAUAAUGAAUUUCACAGCCCAUACUUGAAGUUUAAAACAAGCACAAAUCACUUAGUGCUUCCAUUUCUGAGCUGUGAAAGCAAAUCUUCCGGAUAGGUGAUGUGUUUUUUGCUGACCUUCCCUGACAGUCCUUGCACUUUGGUCCCUAGCCGUCUUGUUUGCUUUGAAAAUAUUUGUUUUUCUGAGUGGCAAUACUGCUAACUCUGUUGUUGGAACAGUUUUAUUGAUUGAAUUUUUCAGAUACUUAUUCACUCUUCCAUAGUCUGCAAACUACGUUUUUUUUUUUUUUUUUUUUUUCCUUCCUUGGCUACCUUGUUUUCUCAUGUAUAAUUAUCAUGUAUGGUUUAGCUCUUCCCAGAGAGGUGUGGUCUGUUUAUCUACACAAAGUGCUAGACUUGCAAGAGUGAUAAUAUAGUGACAAAUAUUCUCUCUAUAGCUGUGAGCAAUUUACAGUCUUUAUACCUCUUUUCCCAUCUGUCAAAUUGGGAUAAUUACACUUAACCAGCUGGUAGAGGUAAUGCGAGUAUUAAUUAGUUGAUAUGACUCUCAUUCUUUGAACAUGAAAUAUGCCUAAGCAGUGUUUUUCCUUGCUCAAUUAACAGUUUUGAAGUCACUGAAUAAAAAUGUACACACACACACCUUCACGCUGCUCAGUAUCUUUCUUUUUUCAUGAGUCUAUUUCCUCCCCUUUAGCUGUGCCUGGCUUACUCAGCUCAGUGCUUUCAUUUUGACAAAUGCUCUUACUAUUCUGAUCUGUAGGAAAGGACCUUCAGCAGAGUAAGAUGAUGCAAUCAAAAGGGUGUUGACAUUGACGUUUUGAGACCUCGAUUUGAAUCUUGGUGCUAUCACUUAAUGACUGACUUACUUGGCUGCCCUAAAUGUAUUGCUACACCUAUACAAUGAGUUCAGUAACUCCUGCCAUGCCUAUGUCACUGGAUUCAAGAGGGGACACAUGGAAACAUGGUUUUAUGAGGGGAAACAUGUUGCUGUAGAGAAAUUAAGGAAUUUAUGUUAAUAGGUUUCGUGGUUAUUUCAAACAACUGGAAAGAGGAAAUUUUUAUUUGGUUUUCUUUCCUUAACAAGCCUCUCAAACAAUAAGCUACUAAAGCUCACUAAGUUAAACUGAUCUGGAGUCUUUAAAACUUUUUGUUGUUUGAGGCAGUGUCUUGGUCUGUGGCCUAUGCUGGCCAAGAACUCCUAAGUUCCAAAGGUCCUUGUGCAUCAGCUUUCCAGCUGUUAAGAUGACAUGCAUAAGCCCUAUCCCCCAUCAUAUCUUAAUUUCUUUAGUCUUUGAGUAAGCAAAUAUAAUGGAGGAAUGCAUACAAAUAACACUUGCCAAACUAUGUUACAUAGAGUUCUAUAUUCCAAAAAUAAUCCCAUAGAAGUUUGAUGUCAGAACUUAACACAGUAUUGAUAUUUUUAUACCCUAUUAUCAAACCUGGAAACAGACCAAUUGAUAUUUGGGAACUGUGAUGGGAAUUUGUAUAAAGCAUUACUCUUUUUCAAUAAAUUGUCGUUUUUUUAAUGAAAAAUAAAAGCUUCAUGGCUUGUUUUCUA